AUGGCAGAUAAAAAGACGAGUAAACUUGCCCUGAUCGGCAUCUCUUCUUUACUCUUGGUGGCGAUGGUGGUUGCCGUAACUGUGGGCAUUGUGGAGAACUACGGCGACAAAACAGGAAAUUAUAAUCAUCAUGAUGUAUCUGCCCCAAUGAAAGCAAUUAAAUCCAUUUGCCAAUCCACAGAUUAUCAAGAAACUUGCGUCAGCAGCCUCUCAUCCGCGGCAGGAAACACCACCGACCCGAAGGUACUUGUAAAGGCCGCAUUUGAUGUGGCAACGAUGAAAAUCAAAGAAGCUGCUGAGAAAUCGAUCGUCUUGCAAAAACUUGAGAAAGAUCCAAGAGCAAAGGAGGCUCUAGAAACCUGCCAGGAACUUGCAAGUGUUGCCGUCAAUGACCUCAAAAAGUCUUUCGACAAAUUAGGUGAUUUUGAUGUCAGCAAAUUCGAUGAAGUUCUUGCAGAUAUAAAGAUUUGGUCAAGCGGCGCCAUUACUUACCAAGAAACUUGCUUGGAUGGAUUUGAAGAUACACAAGGAGAUGCAGGAGAGAAAAUGAAGGAGGCAUUGAAGAGCUCCAUGCAGUUGACCAGCAAUGCCCUUGCCAUUGUUACUGAAAUCUCUUCGGUCCUCGCGACCAUGGACAUCCCUAUGUUCCAAAACCGUCGCCUCCUUUCAGAAGACAUUUCUGUCAUGGGUCAUGGUGAUGAAUUCCCUAAUUGGCUUGAUGCAAUAAGACGGAGAAUCCUUCACGCCAAACCGAACCAGAUCAAGCCCGACCUCAUUGUAGCCAAGGAUGGAUCUGGAAAGUAUAAGACCAUUAAUGAAGCUCUAAAAGAUAUCCCCGAAAAUGGGAACAAGACCUUUGUGCUCUACAUCAAAGAGGGUGUUUAUGAAGAGAAGGUGCAGUUUAAUAGCAGCAUGACAUAUUUGAUGGUUGUUGGCGAUGGCCCAACUAAGACAAGGAUAACUGGAAAACUAAAUUUUGUGGAUGGGGUAGCCACCUACCAUACUGCCACAGUUGCUGUGCUCGGAGACUAUUUCAUUGCUAAGGACAUCGGGUUUGAGAAUAGUGCUGGCCCUGAAAAGCACCAAGCUGUGGCAUUGCGUGCUGCAGCAGAUAAGUCGAUCUUUUACAACUGCCAUUUUGAUGGCUACCAAGACACUCUUUACACGCAUACCUAUCGCCAGUUCUACCGUAAUUGUGUCAUCUCUGGCACCAUUGACUUCAUUUUUGGUGACAGUGCUGCCAUCUUCCAAAACUGCACAAUGUUGGUGCGGAAGCCAUUAGACGAUCAACAGUGCAUUGUCACAGCACAGGGCAGGAAAGAAAAACGUCAACCAACAGGUCUUGUCCUCCAAAACUGCACCAUCACAGCAGAUCCUUCAUUGUAUCCUGUCAAAGACGUUGUCAAAUCAUAUCUUGGCCGACCUUGGAAAGAAUAUUCAAGAACCAUCAUCAUGGAGUCGUAUAUUGAUGACUUGAUCGAUCCACAAGGGUGGUUGCCAUGGGAAGGAAGUUAUGCUCUUGAAACUCUUUUCUACACUGAAUUCAACAACAGAGGUCCUGCUUCUUCUAAGCUACAACGUGUGCAAUGGCCUGGCAUCAAGGAGCUCACAUCAGCUCGGAUUCAACGUUUCACAGCCUCCCAAUUCAUUGAGGGCAAAACAUGGAUACCAUCCACCGAUGUGCCUUAUAUUCCUGGCCUUAUAUUUCCACCACCAAAAGAGAAUGCAACUGUUAAGUACUCACCAGAGGAAUCAGAUGAACAAAAUCUAACGCACAAGAAAGAUAAAAAAUCAUAUAAGUCUAGCCCUGACUUGCAACAGACGCCAGUAACUAUUGAGGCUCCAGCUCCAGCUCCUAGUGCUGGAUUUGCCUUCCCACCAGAAUCAGAUAUAGCCGCUCCAACUUCUAGUCCCACUGCACCAACUAUGUCAGAAUCAAGUUUUUCUUUUGAAAUGUUUUUUAAAGGAUUUUUCUAG